UCAUUACACCGUGCAACGCGAUUAUCACCUCGCCAGAAUGCCGAGCUCGAGCUUACAACCUCAGGCCGGCCCUUCUACGUCGAAACCAUUCGGAUCUGCACUUCCUCCUCCACCAAAGAUCACCAAACGGAAACGAAAACAAUUAGAAGAGUUACCAACGUCAGAGCUUUUGCAUCGAGACGAAGACUCGCCUUCCAAACGUGCUCGGCAUGCAGAGGGCCCGCCUGCCGAACUCGACCCUUUCCCACCGAUACCGAAUGUUGCACCUCCGAAAGAGGGUGAGGUUCGAAGAAAACGAAAGAUCCUACCAGAUGGAAAGUUCAUAACAAGUAAAAGUGCAGACGCGAAAUCUACCACGUUCUAUCGCGAUAUCAAGCAUGCAAUACACCGUCGCGAAGCCAACAUAACCUCGUGCUCAUACUACUCCGAACCGCCCACCAAGGAACUUACCUUCGAACACAUCAGUGGCGAUCCGGACAUGUAUAUCGACGCUGGAGAUGUGUUCGUUCAUGUCCAUCGCUCUGUGAUCGGGAGGGAAUUACUUUUCCAGCCUAUCCAAACUUUUCUUCAUCUCGUCGAUGGGAAACCCUCUAAAUUAGACUGGUAUAAUGGAGAUCCGAUUUGGUCUCAUAAAAAGGUGAGCGGAAGACAAUGGGAGCUCGUGCUCGAUUUCAUCUACAACCCAGCUGAAGCGAGUCCCGAUGACGUAGAUAUCAAAGAUAUCGCGGAAUAUCUCUGGCUCAGCAAAUACUUCAGCUGUCCUCUCCUUCGCGACUUCGCCAUCUGCUCUCUAUCCCGCUACUGCCCCUCCAAACUCGAGAGCUACCUCCACCUUCAACACACUCUAACUCCAUCCGACCAAGCGAAGCGUAUCCUCACCCUCCGCCUCUGCAUCGAAUACGAGAUCGACCAACUUCGUCCCGUGGCGUACUACAUGUGCGCACAGUUACCUCUACGCGUUAUCUUCCACGGUAUCUCCACACGUGGAAAUUUCGACUGCGAUGUCGUCGACGAGCCGAACUGCGACGUAGGCGACAAGCUACAUCGACUCGAACCCGGCGAGAUCAUCCGAAUCAUGAAAGGGAGAGAAUUCCUCUCCAACUGCAGACGUGACGAUAUCCUAGGUUUCCUGCAACAUCCUACGCCAGACGGUUUCCCCGGAAAACCUUCUCCCGGCUGCACCUCAGACGAACAUCCAGGCCGCGACGCGUGGUACGAUAACCGAUGUUACAACUUCCUCACCACUUUAUGGCAAACCCUCACAGACCGAGAUCCUACGCUUGGGAGGAAGGACGGAUUGCCUGCGCUUAAGGUCCUGGAUGCGGAGUUGAGAGCAAUGAUGGAGCAGGGAGGGGUGGUGUGUGUGAGUUGUAGGGAGGCGAUGUGGAAGAGUAUGAGGAAGGCGCAAGGGAAUGUGUGGAGGAGGAUACCGGAGGCGUUUGGGAUGGGGAGCUGGUUUGAUGUUGAGGAAAGGGUCAGGAAGACAAGUGCGGAGAUGUUUCCGAAGGUUGGUGGUAAGAUUAAAGGACGAUGAUGGGUAAUAUUUUGACAUGGAAUUUCUCUGCAUUUGUUGAUAUUGUGUGUCUUUAUAAUGUUUGUUUUACAUGCAGCCCAGAGAUACCCUUCUUCGCAUCUCUUUUCGAAUAUCUAUACCCAUCGGCCU